AUGCUUCCCAACGAACCGUCUUCUUCAACAGCAACAUUUGAUGCUUCACCGAUAAUUAUGGGAGAACCACUUCCAACAACUUCAAUGACUCAGAAACCAGAAGCAUCGGAUACAGUACCAAGUGAUUCCGAAAUUCAAGUUAUACAUACAAAACUCGCUCCAGUUACCCUCAAACCAGGAGUGUGCCAAUGCAACUCUCCAAUCCAACCAACUCCCCGACAAAUCUGUGAAUUCCUGGACCGCGAAUUUCCAAUUGGAUACACCCCAAACAUUGCCGACAUUCUGGAUAGUGCUGAUUGUUGGAGAGCAGUCAAGAACAUUCGACAAAUUGAUUUCUCGAAUCAAGUGAUCGGAAGAGGAUCUGGGGUUUAUGGAAAAUUGAGACAACACAAGAAGAUGGCAUGGAAGGAUAUGGUCCAACGGAGAGAGGGCGUUUGGAGGUUUUUCAAUUUUUUGAGUGUCUGUGAAUGCCUUCGCCAACGAAUUGUCACCAUGAAUUUGAGUUUGGAAUGGAAUAUGUAUGAUCGAGAGAAGAGUGCGAUGCAGCAGGGAUUGGCGAUUCCGACACCGGAGACACAUCCGAUGAUUUUGGAGUUGCAGGAAAGUUACCGUAUUGCAAGUCUCCGAAAAGCGGAAUCUGAAAAAGUGUUCACAAUUCUGGAGGCUCUCAAAAUGAUCAACGCUCCAUUACCAGAAGGAUUCACACCAGACGCCCCAGGUCUUGUUGACAGUAUUGAAGGUUGGCGACGCAACCUGUCCCUAACGGAUCCUUGCAAAAAGAAACCGCCAAAAAUGUCGCUCGUCGAUUUGGCCAACUCUGUGUUGGGAUGUACUGAUAAGGUUUAUCGAAAGAUGAGAGCUCGAAAAGCCGAGUGGAAUGAGCUGCUCCGUGCUCAGAAAUUCGUUCUUCGAAUGCACAAUUGGAUUGAGAUGACGGAAGAGGUGAAGGAGAAAAUUAUGAAGUUGAAGAUCUCAACAAAGGAUUGGACCAAUUUUGAAGGAAUGCAGAAUCCGGGAGAGAACUUGUUUUUGAGGGAUUUUGGUCUGUCGGAAAAUCAGAAAAAAAAGUUGGAGGCUGUGAAAACCAAAAUUUCCAAAAUCGUUCGUCCAAAACUCCAGAAAGCUGCAUCGAAGACUUCUGAAAAUGGAAAUGGUCCAGAAUUGGUGAAUACGAGUCGAGAAAAUAGUCCAGCUUUAGCUGAAAAAGUCCCAGAUAAUCUGCAAAAAAAUUUCGAGAAUGCUCUAAUCUUUGAAGAAUCUCCCAUUUUCGAAUCUCCUGAAAGCCCAAACAGCGAAUCUGAUGACAUCCAACUAGAAGAAAUCGAAGACCCCAAUUUUCAAGAAGAAAUCAACAAUGUCUUCAGAAUCCUCGACGCCAAACUACCUGCCAAUUUUGUCCCGGACACGAACCAAAUCCUAGAUGCCACCAAAAUCUGGCUCGACGCCUCGAAAAUCCCGAUUUCCGAAUUUUCUGAAAAAAUCCUUGGAUGUCUGGAAUCGGAAUAUUUGAAUUUGAGAGAGACUAAGGUGCAAGGGAAAGAUAUGUUUGCUGGAAGAGAGCUGAUUCGGAGGAUGUACAAUUUUUUGAAAAUUGGGGAGGAGGAGAAGGCGGGAAUUUUGAAAUUGGACAUUUCCGAGGAGCUAUGGUUGUUGCAUGAGAUUGGGAAUGAUGAGGAUUGUAUGGAGGAGGAGUGUGAAGAUCAGGAAAUGAGGCAGAAGGUUCCAGAAGAUCUUACAACCCCGAAUUUACAAAGUUUGCCCCAAAUAGCUCAGCAAUCAGUUCAGACGAUUCCAGAAGACCUAACGAUUCCAGAUUUGGCUCAAAAUGCUCUACAAAGAAUCCCACAGGUUCCAGAAGGCAUUCCAUAUAAAGUUAUCUCUAAUUCGGCUCAAACUGCUCAGCAAACUAGUCAAAUGACCACACUUUUAGAUCAGCAACCAAGUCGGACGGUUCCAGAAGACUCAACGACAUCAAGUUUGGCUCAAAAUGCUCAAGAGAGGGUUCCAGAAGUUUCUGAAGCUGUUCCAAUCUUAAUAGCCACUAAUUCGGACCCAAAUCAGGCCCCAAAAAAGCCUAAAAGGAAGCCCAAAAAGCCGAAAGCCCAGGAAAUUCCACCAGAGCAGCCCACCUUCCUUGACGCUAACCUCCCACCAGAAACCUUCCCCGACACCACAGAAGUUCUCCGAAAAAUUGAAAAUUGGAGACUUGCAAGAAAAAUGCGUCGAGAGGAUCUCAUCGAAAUGAUCCUAAAAUGCUCGCUGAAUUCCUACCGUAGUCUAAUACGGUACAAGGCAGAAUACCUACGAAUGAAGUCAGAAGGACAGGCAUCGAUCAGGCGAAUUUUCAAUUUUCUAAAUGCUUCUGAAGAGCAAAGAGCUCAACUCUGGGACACGUUCUGGGCAUCGAAAACGUCUAAGGAACCGGAAAAUCUGAUUUCAAUAAUCCCAGUGAUUCCGAAUAUUCAAGAUGUGGCGGUUAACCCAAAGAAGCUAACGAAACGAAAAGUUGCAGAAGAAAAAACGAAUCCAAAAUUGCCGAAAAUCGACGAACCUCUUGUUCUUGAACCCGAUGUUGAUGAAUAUUUGAAUCGAAAUCCAAAAUUUUUGAAGAAAGCGAGUGAUAAGGAUUAUGAUCCAUUCGACUUCGACUUGUUGAGCCCGUUACCCAUGUUUGCCGAGCAAUUGGAGAGAGAAUUUAUGAAUCGCAGCACUCAAGACACUCCAGAAUUCGAUUCAAUGGGAAUACAAGAGAUCAUCAACAGUAAUCCAGGAAUGAGCAAUGAUAGAAUUGUUGCCUACAGUAAUCCAGAAAACCAGCAAGACGUGGUGUACAGUACCCCGGAGACUCAAAAUUGGAAUCAAGAAACUUCUGAGCCAGGAUACAAUAACUCAAACUACAGUAUUCCUCCAAGCUACAAUAGCCACCAAGGAUACCAGUACAGUAACCAGAACUCGAUGAGCAAUGCUCACUACAGUAAUCCGACUGGCUACAGUAAGCAGAGCUCAAAUGAAAACCAGCGACCACAAGGUUUUCAGUACAGUAGCCAGAACUACAGUAACCAUACGAGAUACAGUAGUUCAGGGGACGUGGCUUUUGCUGGUCACAUCUACAAUACCACCAGCUACAAUAAUCCUCAUGCGAAUUUCGAAGGAAGCCGACCCAUGGGUGUCCAACUCAACUACAGUAACCAAAGACCUGCACAUCAAACUAAUGGCUACAGUAAGCAAAAUCAAAUGCUUACACAUCAAACCCAGAGCUACAGUAACCAGAAUCAAAUUCCUGCACAUCAAAGUCAAAACUGCAGUAACCAAAACCAAAAUCCUGCGCAUCAAAAUCAAGGAUACAGUAACCAAAAUCAAAUUCCUGCACAUCAAACUGUGAACUACAAUAACCAAAAACCUGCACAUCAAACUCAAGGCUACAGUAACCAGAAUUCUCCGAUGCCUGCCCAUCAAACUCAAAACAACAGUAACCAAAACCAAAUACCUGCACAUCAAACUCAUGGAUACAGUAACCAGAAUUCUCCGAUGCCUACACAUCGAACUCAAAACAACAGUAACCAAAACCAGAUGCCUACACAUCAAAUGGGACACUACAGUAACCCACAAACAAUGUUAAGUCCGGUUUCAACGACAACCUACAGUAACCCACCGCCAAACUACAGUAACCCGGAACAAAUGCGAAGCCCGAUGAUGAUGAGCAAUGACUACAGUAAUCCCCAGCAACAGCCACGUUUCGUGCUGCAACCAAUGAAACCAGAAAACAUUCCAGGCCAGCGCCUUCCGCCAUGUCCUCGUCAGGUGGAUUUUGAAAAAUUGGGUGUCAAACUACAGUUAAAAAAGAUGCAAAACGGACAGCAGGAAGAUGCAUCGAUGGUGGUGAACGCUGGAAACUACAGUAACCAGGCGCCACAAAACUACAGUAAUCCACAGGCACAGCCACAGCAACCAGUGAGCCAACAGCAGAAUAGUGCGGCGGCUCCAGUUGAUGGUCAAAAAUAUCAUGAACCGGCGGCUCCAGUCGUAAAUCAAGAGAACCUACAGUAUUCGGACCAGAAAAAUGGCAAAAAUCAAGGAAAACGAGCCCAAUUAACGCAGAGAAAUGAAUAUUGA